AUGUCGGGAUACACAUAUAGCCACGCGCGAAUGAACCGUAAGAUUACACCCAAAAGCUCCGCGCCACGAUAUGCCCUGAAAGCACCAGAACGCGAAGUUGCUUUUCGGAUGGAGCAUAUCGCGGCGGAGAAAACGAAACUCGUCCUCAAGCCACACGGAGACCCUCAAUCACAUAAUGCAUACAAGAUCUUGGAUGAAGAAGGUUCUUCUGCAUUCACAGCAACCGGUCGCAAAUAUAAUGAUCGCGCAUGUCGCGAACUCCGCGAUUCUUCCGGAUUGCCGUUAUUCGAUAUACACAUGAAGCCGUUUUCCAAUCCUUUGGGCUGGGUAAUUACCUUGCCCGGGAGCGAGAUCGGCGAUGCGACAAUAGCUAAGGCGACACCGCAGUUAACUUGGAACGGGGUUAAUUUGACCUUCGCAUUCCGAAAUGGCGCGGCCGAAGAUUCGAAAAAUGAGGAUAAACGGGUCAUGCUGACGGUCAAAAAACAUGGGCAGGUCUUAGCAUUUUUUGAUGUUGUGGAUGGUGAUAGGAGGAUUGCAGAAUUGCGCGAAAGUAUCACCCACAACGAGAAGUUGGUCCUACGGAGCAUGAACCGCAGAAGUCACCGGCCUGCUUUGGAUCUUAUCGUUAGUCCUGGCGUGGAUAUCUCUCUGGUGGCAGCAAUUGCGGUCGUCGUGUCAGACUGGUUCUUCGGAUCAGGUUAA